AUGUCGAAUAAAUUGGAUGACUUGUUUGAUAAAAAGAAAGAUGAAGCUCCUAUGUUGGAUUUGUCGAAGGUGGUUAUAAAUACAGCAGAAGAAUACAGAGCUGUUUUGGAUAAGGUGCCUGAAUUUAAAACGCGUCCUGAAAAGGUAAAAGCGGAAGAUAUAAAAAUAAAAGACAAAAAGGAAGAUCAAAAAACCAAAACACCUCGAAAGGAAAUUCGCGCGUACGAAAAGCUCGGAACUCGGGGUUAUGAAGAGAAACACUUUACUUUUAUGGAUCCGAUACCAGUAGAAAUGCAAGGCAUUAAAUUCGAAGAACUGUGCGCUGUGCCCAUCGAGUGGAGAAUGCUCACCUCCGUACGUCCAAAAUCUAAACUGGACGAAGAAUAUUUUAACAGGUUAAUAGAGUUAGGCAAGUCCGAAUUAAGAACCAAAGUUAAAGAAAAGAGGGAAGCAGCAAAGAACAAUAUGGUGAGGAAGAUUAAGAAUCGAUCUGGCGUGACAGAGACUCGUGUUGUAUCUUGCUCCGAAUGUGGCGAAGAGUAUUGUAAUGGUAAAAUGUGUAUGAUCACAAACUACGACAUGUUUGCGCGUUUGAAGUUGGAAAUUGAACCAAAGACGAGGCGAGCUCAAGCUGCGCCGGCGCAGGUGGGCAAACUUCGACGCAUGCGUCGACGACCGAGGCGUAAGCCGCGUAGUAAGAGCGCCGCUCCGGCGUACCAGAAACCUGCUACUGGGAAACAUGGAGCCAGAAGUGAUUCUGAAAUUUAA